AUGCACUGUUCCACUCGAUGCUCUCUCCUGGCUUUUACAGCAUCCAUUCUCCCGGGGUUCCUCCUCAGCCUGGGUGCUAUCACAGACACUGAUGAAGUUCAGGUUCUGGAGGAAAAGAAAAUGGCUUGGAUGAUUGCACAGGAACAGAUCACCUCUGUGAGCAAAAGUCACUUGAGGAUCUUCAAAGAAAUCCAGAACCCCUCAGAGAUUUUUAAUGCCUCCUAUCAACACUUGGUUGGAACCCUGCCCAGAAGGAAAAAGCUGAUGACUGUAGGUCUAUCUUCUAUGCAGCAUUCCCAGAACAACUACCUCAUGAGUACCUUGAAGUAAUUGUUCCUUACUUCCUCCAAGGAUGACCUAAAGGAUAUCCUAGUGCUGCUCUAUCUGACUGUCCUUGAUUCUACUUGGUUCAAUGAGACCAUCACUGACAUUAUCAACACCUUUAGUCAGCAAACACUGGCAGUGGAGUUGCUGGUCAUCUGUUCCUUAUCUACCCCCUAUUCUCCUAUGAGGACCCUAAAAACUAACCUUAAUGAAGCUUACUCCAGUACAGACCAAUUUAAUCAGAAUGUGGCCCACGCCUUACUCAUGAAUUUUGCUGUCCAUCUCUCUAAGUAUUUCCUGCUGAUUGAAGAUCAUGCCCAUUGUUUGCCCAAUUUUAUUACCUGCAUAAGGAGAGAGAUAGUGACCUGGGAGAGCGAUGACUGGGUGCUAAUGGAAUUCUCUACGUGGGGCUUUGUUGGCAAACUCUUGCAUUCCAGCGACCUCCCCAGAUUGGCUCACCUCUUCUUCCUCUUCAGGGAGACUCCCCCUGAAGUACUUCUCUACCAUUUCCAAAAGCUGCUGGACCAGAACCGCCGCAUCCAAUUCAGCCCCUCCCUCUUCUCUCCAAUGGGCUUCUCCUUCAAUUCUGGCAGUGUCAAUAAACCAGAGUAUGAAAAGAUCAAUAAUAAAGAGGGAGAGGAGCCACCCAACAACCCACCUGCAACUGUCUACAGUAAUUUGCAGAUUUUAAAUCAUGUUUCUCCCCAAAAAGCCUACAUCCUAGGUGAAGGAGGGUUCCUCUGGAUAUUGGAACCUAAGGCUGGCAGUCAUUUAACUGUGGUUUUGGCCAAGGCAGCCACGGUAACCCUGCAGAUAUUGACAGGUAGAGACCAGGAAAAUAAUGAGAAGCUGAAAGGUGGGAAAGUAGAAUUAGGCUAUGAUCCCAAGGGAGAACCCAAAGCAUGUACCCACUACAUUCUGCUGGGGUCACUGGUAAAUGGGAAGCUGGACCAUAAGAUGCUAAACAAAAAGACAGGAAAGAAGGUAAGCUGCCUGAAGCUAGUAGUGAGUACCUCUCAGCGCAAAGUAAUGAUCAAGCACAUUAAUAUUUGGAGCAAGCCUGAGCAGUAGAAGGAAACUGAGAGAAUGAUUUGAGGGAACUGAGGGUUGGGGUUUAAAUUAACAUGAGAGAAAAAUGAAAAUCUUGAAAUCACUAUUAAAGUUUGUCCCUGCUGUAUAGGACAGAGGCAACUUGAUUGAACUCCUUAUUUGAUUUUUCAAUUGUCUUUAUCUUACCCACUAAUAUCAUAGGAAUCAUAGAGUCACAAGAGAUGAAAAGAAUCUCAGAGGUUACCAAAGCAUGA